AUGGAUGGACCAGGAAAGGGAGAUGAUGGCCUUCCUAAGGAGCUGGGGCUGAAGGGGACUUUGGGAACGGCUCUCCUGCAGAAUGCUGCCAGCUUCAGCAUCCAAGUCCAUCACUAAACCGUGUCUCUUAGUGCCACAAAGGGACAUCCCUGCUUUUCUUUUCGGUGCUCCUUCCUUCCACCCCCUUGCCGUUGUAAAGUAGCUGCAUUUGGAUUUCAGCCAGAGCCCACGUCUGGAGUUGUCUCACUGCACAGGGGCCGACCCGCUGGGCCCUGCUGUGCUGUGGAGGUCUGGAGGGCCCUGCAAAAUGAAGAGAGUGCGCACAGUCUUCAAACCAGAGCAGUUGGAGAGGCUGGAGCAAGAGUUCCUCAAGCAGCAGUACAUGGUGGGCACAGAGCGAGUGGACCUGGCUGCAACGCUGCGUCUCACAGAGACCCAGGUGAAAGUCUGGUUCCAGAACCGGAGGAUCAAAUGGAGGAAGCAGAGCAUGGAGCAGAAGAAGGCAAAGCUGUCACAGUUUGGGGUGAUACAGCCCACCUCUGCUGGCCCCACGGAUGUCAAGGAGCAUGAGGAGGACACAGUGGAGGUUGAGCUUUGAGCAGCUGAUGGGAUGCAGCUGCCACUGUUGUUUUUGCAGCCACGCCUGCCUGAUGGAGGUACUGGGGAUGCAGGCACAUCUGUGCUUGCUUUGUCCAAGCUAGACUUGAAGUUCUUGCUCUGAGAGUUUUGAGCUACAGAACUAAACUGCCAUUGGGUGGGAAGAAGCAUCCAAAAGUGUAGAGACCCCUAUUUGGUAACCGGUGCUGUAACUCUUGGUCUUGAUGGUGCCAUCGUUGUGGCAAAGCAUGUGAUCUCAUUUGCUCUCAAAGUGCUAGGAAGCACAGUUUCCAAUAGAGAGGCUGGGGUGGCGGUCAGACGGUGUCUCUGAUGGCAGUGAGCAUGGCAGCAUCUGAACAUGGGGUCACUCGUGUUUCAGGUGACUGUGUGCUCCUACGAGGGAGAGCUGUGCUGGGAGGAGAUUUGGCUCUGAUGGUUUCUCCUGGUCGUCUUGAUUCCCAUGUUGGAUGCUGAGAUCACAACGACAACAAAGUGAAAACUGAAAAGUCCUUUGCUCCCACCCGCAUCAUUCUUAUCAUUGUUGUAUUUAUUUUCAUAUAUCAUUCAUGCAAUAAGGUGAACAGGGUCUGACUCUGCCCCUGGAGUAGAAGCGCCUCUCCUCCUGUCCUGUGCCUUGCUGUCUUGCCUUUCUUUUGCCUUUCAGAGCCCAGUGUGGUUUUGCCUUACUUCACCAUGGUGUGCACAGGGAACAAGGGGCUCCUGGGGCUCUCAAAGGUGCAGGGACCAGGGCCGUUACAAACCAGCAGCUCUUCAACACCUCUGCUGCGUCAGACGGCCCCCUGCCCUCAUCCAGAUGUUCUGGUCCUGGCCCAGAUGGCGGCUGCUCCCUUCUCUCCUUGUUACACACCACAGCACUGUGAGAAGCAGCACCUGGAGAGCUUGGCGAGUACAUCUGCAACCACACACUGCAGCUCGCUGUCGUAUUCCUGGUGGGUGGGAGGGCUCGGAGGGGUCAGGACUGAGUAUUCACGUUUCCCUGUCUGUGUUUUAGUAAUUCCUAGGGGCUGGUGUGCACAGCAGCAGCAGCAGCUUUUGGCCAUGCAGCCGGUGCUCAGGCUGUCACCUCAUCCCAGGGCACCAGGCACAACAUCUCAUGAGCUCAGGAUAAUUCAUCAUGUCUCUUUCCAACCCCAGAAUCAUAGAAUCAUAGAAUGGCCUGGGUUGAAAAGGACCACCAAUGAUCACCCAAUUUCAACCCCCCUGCUAUGUGCAGGGUCGCCAACCACCAGACCAGGCUGCCCAGAGCCACAUCCAGCCUGGCCUUGAAUGCUUCCAGGGAUGGGGCAUCCACAGCCUCCUUGGGCAACCUGUUCCAGUGCGUCACCACCCUCUGAGUGGAAAAACUGUAUAUUGCCUUCCUCUAGUGUUAGAGAGAAAAGAAAUAACAUUUUUUUUUCUUUCCUCCUUGCCAAGUGUCACUUCUUUAUUUGCUUUGCUUCUUUAAUAAAGAAAGAAACUGU